AUGGCAGAACGAAGUCAACACCACCGUCAGUCGUCUCUCGCGCCGCGUCGUCGUCGCCGACGCCCCGCCGUCGCCAUGGGCGCGUGCUCGUCGAAGAAGAAGAAGCCCGCCGCCGCCGCCGCCGCGCCCGCGGGCUCGGACGAGCCGUCUCCCUCCGGGGAGACGCCGCUGGAGGCGUUGAUGCGACGCGGCGUCACGACGAUCCCGAACCUCCCGCCCAUCACGACCGAGAACCGCGGGAUCGAGCGCAGGCUGACGUCCGCGCCGGUGCGAGCCGUCCCGGUGAAGUUCACCUCCGAGCUCGCGGACCGCCGAUCGAUGUCGCUGUGGAAGAAGAGCGCGCUCGCGAUGACCGCGUUCGGGGGAGCCUCGUCGUCGUCCACGUCGACCGGCGUUGGGAGCGGGAAGAACGCUGCUGCGAAAUUUCGCAGGAACGACUCGCGCAUCGCGGGCGCGAAGGAGAAGCAGCGAGACCUCGAGCGCGCCAACUCGAACGAGAGCGUGAAAGGCCACGCCGCGGGGGUCGCGCUGCUCGAGUCGCGCCUCCGAAGCAUGCGCCUCCGCACGGAGCGAAUGGGCGACGACGGGAACUGCCAGUUUCGAUCGCUCUCGUUCAAUCUCUUCGGCUCGCAAGAUCAUCAUCAGGCGGUGCGCGACGCGUGCGUGGACCACAUCUCACAGCGCGCGGACGAGUACGCCAUCUUCUUCGAGGACGACGCGGAGUUCAGGGCGUACGCGAGCGAGAUGCGGAAGCCGAGGACGUGGGGCGACGAGCUGACGCUGAGGGCGUGCGCGGACGCGUUUCGAUCGCCCAUCCACGUCGUGCAGAGCACCGAGGACAACUGGUACCUGUUGUACGAGCCCGCGGAGGGGAGAGGGGAGAAAAGCAAGCGGUUGUACGUGUCGUACAUCUCGCCCGUGCACUACAACUCGAUCGUGCCCGCGGAGUGAUCGAACGAUCGAUCGACCGACGCGCGCGCGACUCCGGGGUUGAUGUUGACGUAAUUUUUACGAUCGCGCGCGCUCGUGUCGAGGCGAGUCUUAGGCGAGGCGACGCGGCGAUUGAUACGUAGGUGUAUUGAAAAAGAAAUGUCUUAU